UUUUUUUCUUCUUCUCCUAUUAAUACAUAUUUAAAUUAAUUUCCGUUCUCCCUUUCAUUGAAUUUUUUUGUAUAUUGUGGGAUGAGUCAAUGAAAAUUGCAACCCAUGUGCUGGUUUUCAUGGUUGUUGGCAUUAAUUCCCACAUAAAAAUGAGUAUUGGCCAUUUUCCUACCAGAACUUCCACUGCCGAUGAAUUAUAUCCUCUCUUUUGGAGUGCUGUGGCAUACUUAGAAAUGACAUGUGAACUGAAAGUCAUAACAUCAACUAGUGAUAAAGCCUCUGCCAAUCAGAGGUUGUAUCGAAUACACAAAGUAGGAAAUGAACCAGUUGUCUUCAAAACAAAGAAUGUAUUCACUGAGGAGGACAGAUAUAUUUAUUUUAUCUCUGAUGCUCCCCACCUUGUGAAGACAAUAAGAAACAAUGUCUACAGAUCAAAGACAGGUGGAUCAAGGUACCUCUGGAAUAAUGGUCGGUUCAUUCUGUGGUCUCAUGUGAUGGAUAUAUAUAAUGAUGACACAAGGGGCCAGUUGUACAGAACAAAACUAACCCAUGAUCAUGUGUACCUGACACCAUCUUCCACCAUGUCUGUCAAACUGGCAGUUCAGGUUUUAAGUAACUCUGUGGCACAGGUCAUGCGUGCUUAUUAUGGCCCAGAGGUGUCAGAGACAGCUAGGUUGUUCAGUUUGGUGAACCGAUUUUUUGAUUGCCUGAAUGUGCGGUCAUUGAGGGAGUCUGUGUUCCAGAGAAAACCAGAUGUAGCACCCUACACUUCACAAAAUGACCCAAGAUUUCAGUUCCUCGAGGAUGAAGUCUUAGAAUAUUUCAAUCAGUGGCUCAUUUCUGUGAGGUCCCGACCAGGCUAUAAGAAGACGGAGCAGAACAAAAUGUUCAUUUCGUAUCAAACUCAUGAGGGCAUUAUCAUGACAGUGAAAUCCUUCAUUGAGGCAAGAUACCUGCUUCAACAGGGGGUACCAUAUGUUUUGAGCAAUGUCUUCUGUCAGGACCCACUUGAAGAGCACUUUGGUCGCCACAGAGGAUUGGGUACUCAUCAUGACAACCCAACAAUUCACCAGUUCGGUUACCAAGAAAACCAACUUCGAAUUCAGAGGAGCUUAGCCUUCAACUUUGUGCCCAAAGGAAACACUGCAGGAAGGACAGGAGAAAAAAGACCCAUUGUCAUAACAAACAGUCCCUUAAAACGUUUAAAACAUAACUAAAAGAAGCUUACUUAACAAAGUUGUAUUUAUAUCCAAUUCUGUAUUUGAAAAUCAAUGUUAAUUAUGUCUCCCCUCUUCUGGGGGAAGACAUUGUUUUUGUACUUUCUGUCCGUCUGUCUGAAAAUCUUGAAAAUGCUUCUCCUCCUGUAUGACUUGUUAGAUACACUUGAAAAUCUGUGCAAUGCUUCAUUGUCAUUUGUAGAUGUGCACAUUGUCGGAAAAUGAGAAUCCAAUCAUUUUCGAAAAAGUUAUGGUGGAUCUAAGAUGGGUGGAGGGUUGAAAAUUCUUGUAUAUGUUUACAUUAUUUUGACCCAAGUGUUCAGUAAUUUCUUCAAUUUACAGUGGAUCAAAGAAAACUGUUUUAUAGCUCAUUAUUUUUAUUUAAUACACUACAUUGGUCACAUCAAUGUUGAAUGCAGUACAUUAAAGGGGGUGGGUAGGUGUAGUUUGGAGCACUUUUAAAUUGGGGAAGAAAAACAAAUCAUAAUAUCUGGUCAACAUAUACAUGUAGUGCUUUUGCUUGUUAGCAGUUUUUGUAUAUUAGUAGUUGUUCCUGUUGAACUUUGAAACAUUUGCUGUUUUGUUUUGUUUUCUGUUUUAUAGUUACCAAGAAAACCAACUUCAGUUCAGAGGAGCUUAGCCUUCAACUUUGUGCCCAAAGAAAAUACUGCAAAAAGGACGGGAGAAAAAAAGACUCAUUGUUAUAACAAACAGUCCAUGAAAACUUAGCUCUAAUAAACACACUGACAAAAUUGCAUGAUUAUUUUUGAAUUUGAAAAUCAAUGUUAAUCAGUCAAUACAUUUGCGUAGAGCUUUUUGCUUGCUAGCAGAUUUUGUUCUUAAGUAGUAAAUUUCCAUGAGUUGUGUGCACCUAGCAUGACAUCUUACUCUGUGAAAUAUUGAUAGCAUUGUGAAAAAUAAUUUCUCUUGCAUUACCACAUCUGAUUCUGAAUGAUAAGUGCAAUCAUAGAACAUGGACAUAGCGUCAUUUUCUCGACAAAUUGUAUUGGUGAACUGUUGAAGUGUUGGAACUGACACUGCUGUGCAUGAAUUUCUAAACACAAGUUCUAAAACUACAAAGAAAUUUAUCGCUUCAGAAGAGGGCUGAGUUAGACCACCUCUGGAUUUUAUGGAAAUUAAUUUAGUGUUUCCGUCUGUGUCAAUGAGUUUGCUCAUAUAUUUUUUGACAUCAAAAGAAGAGGACAAUUUUUGUUUGCAUCGAAACAAUACGAAGCCUGCAAUGUAUGCAAUAAUAUCUCUUUCCCCAAUUCUCAGGACAUUUUGUGUGUCUAAUUUUACAGAAGAAUUCGAAGAUAGUGUAUUCUCUCUAAUAAUUUCUUCAGCUGUUCUAAUCGAUAUGAAAGCUGACAAUUGUUGCUUGUUUACAACUUUUUGAAGUUUCUGCACAACAUCUGGCUGUAUGAGAUGGAAAUUAUGCCAGGCCUUUUCCUUGGCUGCACUAGAGAAUACUUCUGCCUUCAUGAUGGUGUCUAACUGCUGAAGAGCUGGAACCAAGUCAGCAGCUGUAAAGGACAGUUGUUAUGUUAAUUUCAUACAAUAACAACAAAGUUUUAACAUAUGAGUUAUUAACUGUUUGACAUUUCCAUGAAUUGUUUGUAAAAUAUUUACAUCCAUAUUGUAUAUAAAUCAUAUAAGUAUAACAAGAAA